AUAAUGAAUUCAUUUAUAGAAACCAGAAUGGCACAGUGAUUCUGAGGAAUGUCGAAACUAACAAUUCAACAAUAUUAAUAGAAAACAAAAAAAUUGUCUCCUUAAAAGCUAUUCGAUAUGAGGUGUCGCCAGACCGGGAAUAUGCUCUUUUUGCUUUUAAUGUUGAACCAGUGUAUCAGCAUUCAUAUACGGCAUAUUAUGUCCUCAGCAAAAUACCUCAUGGGGAUCCCCAGAAUUUGUAUCCCCCCGAGGUCAGCAAUGCAAAGCUUCAGUAUGCUGGUUGGGGUCCAAAAGGGCAACAGCUGGUAAGAGAAAGAACAAGUGUGCAAAUGAAUUUAGAGACCAUGCUGCUAUUGUUUGGAAUUAAAGAAAGAAUAAUACUUUAUUGAUUAGUUUCUUGAAACCUGUUAGGUAGCUUCUAACAUCUUUAUGGGGAUUGUUUUAUCAUGUCAUUUCAUUAUAAAGUUCCCAAAUAUAUACAAUUACUGCAAAGUAAUGGUGUCUAAAAAUGCAGAGAAAGAACACAUUAUGAAAGCGCUUUGAGAG